UGGAAAGGAGAAAAGAUGGACAAAGCCAAGAUCGAUAAAAUGAGCGACCAACAAAUCGGUCAGCUGUACGAGCUUAUGCAGCAGAUCAAGAAGCAAGAAGCUGAAGAGGCCGAGGCCGAGGAAGCCGAAGUCGUGGUUCCCCUCGAUGGCCCAAAGAAGUCCGAUCAGUGAUCAUUGACGGUGAACAGUGAUGCCCCUUCACAGAUCAACGACGAACGACCGAGGCCUCGCAUCCAGCAUAUGCAGGCAAACAAGUUCGCAGACGCUUUCACAGCAGCCUCGAGAUGUACUAUAUAUGUUCAGCGAAUAUCAAGACUUACACCGACAUCCUCUCCGUCCACCCUGAUCAGCACCUGUCUACCUCGGCGACUCGCCGUCUUCGUGCUACCCACUUCGAUUUCUCGUGUAUUCUCGAAGCCGGCCAAGUCAGACGAGCACCUCCCACCUUCAAGAUGUGUGGCUGUACCCUUUACGACUCUCCUACAUGUGGCCACUCCUGGAUCUCCAUGUCCCAACCCUGCGGCUUCCUCUCGGACCUCCUGAGCUGUCCUAACCGGCAAACCUACCAAACCUUAAUCGCACCUCCGUUUACCUGCCCGCAGUGCAACAGCGGCUUCGCAGACCGCGAGACCAUCGAGAUGGUGCAAGGACCGUGGGGUUGCAACCAGUUGAUCCGUAGUCACAUUGGCGGAAGUAACGCCAUUCCUGGCUCUUGGGGCAAUGUACCGUUGGCGACGACUAACUGGGGUGCUGGGAAGGGUAUCGGACUGAGUAUGGGUUUGAGUAUGCCAAUGACGUCGAAUCGAGCGGUGGUGCCGGUCAACGGGUUUGGUAACUGCUAUGGGUACGACCAUCGACUUACUGGACCGUAUGGCUCGCAACCAGCGAUCUGUGGUGGGUACGACUCCUUUGGCAACGGCAUGGUUGUGGAUGAUGGAUUCGUUGACGACUUUGGCUAUGUAUACGACGGCCGAAGACGAAGAAAGCACAGCAGCAGGUCGAAGUACGUCUAUCGUCACUCGUCGAAGCCGGCAACCAACUGCACGGUCAUGUAGCCGUCGAUCGUUUGCUGAGUGUUUUGGAAGAAAUACCUCCUUGGCCACUACUCUGAUUACCUCCAAGCUGAACAGAGAGCCUAGGGCUUUACAGCACUGUACAUUCUUCGCGCCUCUCCUUCUUUCGCAUGACUUUCAAAGCAAAUACCUUGUCAAAGUACCGUCAUACACCCUUGCAUAUCGGUCACGUUCUCAAGAUCAAUAUGCGUAUCACCCUGAGAACCAAUCAGAUGCACCUCGGCCCCUGCCGCAAUGACCGCCAGCC